AUGACAGUCAAGAGAUCUGGGCUCCAUUCCCGGCUCUACCACCGGGCUGCGGUGCGUGCCUGUGCCGCAACGACUUACUCUAGCAGGGCGCUCUCGGAUCCCCGGCUUCACGGCGUGCUCCAGGACGCCUACCCACAAGCUCAGGAUAGGGGUCUCUCCCCGGCCAACCUCGCCCAGGUAGCCCCGGCCCUGGGGCGUUCCCACCGCCCGCGCCGGCCUGGCCAGGAGACUGCGACCCACACCCGCGGGGCCCGCGGACGUAGCACACCCCCUGGUGGCGGCAUCCGGGGAUGGAGCCGGCACCCGACCACUCAUUCCAAGCCCACCAGCGUCCCUUGCAACGCAGGACCCCACCACGAGCGCUCAGGGGUCGAAACCCAAGCAGAGGGCGGCGGGACACCAGAGCGAGGCCAGGCCCCGCUUGUCCGGCUUAGCUUCCCCCAAACUGCUCGAACCCCCGAGCACUGCCCGCCACGCCUCGAGGAAACGCAAGGAGGUGAGCCCAGUGACAACCGGAGGACACGACAGAGUGUCAUCAUGCCGAGCAUGGAAACUUCCACCCCCAGCUCUGGCACCAAGGAGAUUUCAACAGAACCAGAUUUUCCACAUUUCCUGGGCCCGCUGAUAGACCAAGGCCUGGCUAAACAUUUCCUGGCUGUUGUUCCCUUUUGUUAUAAACGGAAAUGCUGCUGCGCAAAGCGGGUGGAGCAGGCUAGCUCCCCUCCAACUUGGCCAAAUUGUGAAUAAACUCAGUUUUUCAUUUUUA